CUUGCGCAAAACUAAGGUCGCCAGAAUGAAGAUAACACUUAAAACCCUUAAACAGCAAACGUUUUUUGUUGAAGUGGACGUCGAAAAAGAUACAGUUCUUAAACUGAAGGAAAAGCUGUACAGUGAGAGCGGCCAAGCCUACAGUGUGGAUAGACAGCGGCUGAUCUACCUUGGCAAAAUUAUGGAAGACGACCAUCCGCUUAGUCGGUAUAAUCUCGAUGACAAGAAAUUCAUCGUCGUGAUGAAUAAAAAACUCGCUCAAGAAGUUAGCGAUGUCAUCGAAGGAGGUGGUACUGACGCUACCACAGAAUCGAAAACUGUUGCACCAACACCGGCUCAAGCGAAGGACACAAAACCGGAAGGUGGAAGUUCAAGCACCAGAAACGAAACUACCAGCGUUGGUGCUGGUCAAAACAAUCCGUCCACCUCCACACCACCAUCAGCAAGCACCGAUCAAUCUAAAACAAAAGCCAAUCCAAUGAACACGGAGGAGAAUAAAUCAGCCCCAUCAACCGAAGCCAUGUCACCAGAGAUGCUUGUUAAUAUUCAAAGGCUUAAAGAAAUGGGUUACUCAGAGCAAAGCGCAAGAAUAGCCCUGGAAAUCUGCGCCAACAUUCCGGACCGAGCAGUUGAGUACCUGCUAUCGGAAGUAGGUAGUGUGGAGACUUCUCUCGCGAUGGAUACCGCUCCGCUACAGGCUCCUGUUGCUACAGGUGCACAACACUCCAGUGGCUCACCAGACAGUAACCCAUUAGCGUUCAUGCGCAAUAAUCCAGUCUUUCAGGAUAUGAAGCGUAUUGUACGCGACGAUCCGACGUUGCUGCCAUACCUACUACGACGAAUUCAGACUAGCAAUCCGGAUCUACUUGAAAUCAUCCGCGAUAAUCAAGAAGAAUUCUUGGCUCUUCUCAACGAAGGCCCGCCUUCAGCAGGCCAUCCUAUGUCCCAGGAGCUCGAAGACAUUGCUGCUGCUAUGGUUAAUAGUCUAACACCCUCUGAUAUGGACGCGAUCGAAAGGCUUAAGGCGCUCGGUUAUCCAGAACAUUUGGUUAUUCAGGCUUACAUAGCCUGCGAGCGUGACGAGUACAAUGCUGCUGAGUUUCUCGUAUCACAAAUGCUAGACGAAGAAGAGUAAUUGACAUUUCUCCCUAUCUUUAUCAACAUGUUCGCGCACACACAUACAUCUCAUUGAUAAAAGCUUGCAAACAUUAAUGUUCCGCGGGAGCAAUAAUCAUAAGGGAUUUACGAGUGGCAGUUUAGCAAUAUAGGGACUAUUAACUCCUUCACACAGCAUACAAUGAAUGUGAAAAGAAUUGGCAAACGUUAAGAUAGGAAUACUUUCUAUAGCUUUCUCCUUUUUUCGUGUUAAAAAGUCUAUUUAAACAGCAGCUCUCCGCAAAACUCAAUUACUGCUCCUAAUGCGCCACAAUGAACGUUUUAUGCCUUCCAUUAACAUUUUCAGCAUAGCAAGGUACUCCAUAUCAUUACAACGUGCUCAAUUGUGAGCGGGCCAGUAAAGAAGAAGACUAGUACUGCUAAAAAUGUACAGGUUCCGGAAUUCCUCAAACUCUUAAAAUUGCUGCGGACAGAAUUCUUAUUAUGCAUUCGUCUGAAACACAAAUGUAGGGUGUGUGCGAAUGUGUUAAUUGUUUAUGCAUACUUUUUCUAUUACCAUUCAUUUAAUUUUUAUUGAUCAUACUUAGUGGCAUACUUAUGUUUUAUAAAUGAAAAAUAAAAACACUUGGCCUGCAAUUUUCAAAAUUAGCCAUUGUAGCGAAAAAGGACAUUGAUUUACAGUUUAAAACUUACAGCAAAAUUCGCGCCAUUGCACAGAAAUUUUUACCAUAACAAAAAACUUACAAGAAGCAGAAACAUUAUGAAUAAAGCUGGAUCCUGGGAGGAAAAAUUACAAUAAUACUUCCAAGGUUUGCAACAUGCCGAAAACUUUUGCAUAUAACAAAACAGAUAUGAACUCGGGAACUAACAAAUGCCUAAAUAACUAGAAGUACAUACGUUCGACAAUGAAGAAAAAUAUAGCUGCACCGGUUAUAUAGACACUCGACCGAGGCUGAACGAUCUGUUGAUACUUAUUAGUGUCAAUAAUUUGAACAUGAAACCAAAACUCUUGUAAUAAAAAACAUCGUGAAUUAAGUAAAUAAAAACGAUUAAAUUCGCGCGCGCAACGAGUGCAUUUCAUUUACACGACAACCUUCCAAUUAUGUAUGAAUUAAUCAAUCAAAGCUGACUAUAGAA